GUAAAGGGUAAUAUAGUAUUGUGAGAAGAGAAAGACACACACGUUGUAAAAUAAAAACAAUCGGGUGCGAGAGCGAACAGGGGUUAUACAAUGCGGACGUGUGGUGGUAUAAAAAUAAUCGAGUGAAAGCUGUACACAUUCAUAAGCAGCGCCACAAAGUACAAACUCCUCUCCUUCGCCACCCCCGCCUUCUUUUCUUUUCUUUUUCUCUCAUUUUCUCGCACUUUCUUUCUUCAUCACCCAAACACCCAGGUCACUUCCUCUUUUUCUUUUCAUCUCCUACCUUUCCUUAUACUGAUGAUGAUGAUAAUAAAUUAAACUUGUUACGGCAAAAUUUUCAUCCACCCAUUAUUUUUUAGCUUAUUCUUUAAAACUUUCUCAGCAACCAAACAGGAUUUUUUUCUCUCUCUUAAAGUUGGCUCCUUUUUGAUCCUUUAUUUCGUGUUUCUAUCAGGAGAGAGAGUUGGAGUCACCAUUGUUGAGUUAUAGCAUUUGAGAAAAGGAGGAAGGCCAUGGCAGACUUGGAAAACUUGCUACUGGAGGCAGCGGGAAGAACAACAGGAGCCAUGAGAAACAGGCAUGCAAUUCCACCAUCUAGAAGGAUACCUGUGGAUGAUGAUGGAAGUGAUUCCAUGGAUGAAGAAGAUUCAGAUAUUGAUGCAUCUGAAUCUUCUUUGCAGAAAAGGAAGGAACCUACUCAAGGCAGUGAGAAAGGCAAUGGCGAAAUCAGUUCAGAUGAAGGUGAAGAGUCUGAUGCUGGGAGUGAUCUUUACAGGAAUGAGGAGGACAAGAAGAGGCUUGCAGAGAUGACUGAGCUUGAAAGAGAGAUGAUUUUAUCUGAAAGAGCAAUUAAGAAAGAUGACAAAAGUUUAAAGAAGAAAUUGAGAUUGAAGUUGCACAUUCCAAGGUCAAUGGUAUCCAAAAAAGAUACCUUACCUCCUACAUUGUCAUACAAUUCACGUUCAUCUGCAAGAACUGUUGAUAGGACGGCUGCAGUGGAUGGUGCUUUGAAUCAGUUGAGAGUUAAACGUCUGAAACAGCAGGAUUCAAAGGGUGUUGGAAGCUCAAUUACAAUUAAGAAGAAAGCUCCUAUUUCAGAGGGUUUGAGUAGCUCCUCCUCUAGUGAUGGGGAGAAUCUAAGUGGUUCUGAUAGUGAAGAUGACAAAAGGGUUGACAGUGAUGAUGAGAGGGGAUUUCCUGGUUCAGAGCCACCAUCAUAUGAUGAUAUAAAGGGCAUUACCAUUCAAAGGUCUAAGCUAGCAAAGUGGCUUAUGGAACCUUUCUUUGAGGAUUUGAUUGUUGGUUGCUUUGUGAGAGUUGGGAUUGGGAAGUCUACAACUGGACCUGUCUACAGGCUUUGCAUGGUGCAGAGUGUUGAUUCAUCACACAAGAACUCAGAGUACAAGCUAGAGGGAAAAAUUACACAUAAAUACUUGGUUUGUUUUUGGGGCAAUGAAAGUUCUGCUACCAAAUGGCAGAUGGCAAUGAUUUCGGAUUCUCCUCCAAGUGAAGAGGAGUUUGAGCACUGGGCUAGAGAAGUAAAACGCAGUGGAGGGCGGAUGCUUCUAAAACGAGAUGUGUUAGAAAAGAUGGACGCCAUACAAAAUGCUCACUCUUUUGUGUACUCAGCAACUACUGUGAAGCAAAUGUUGCAGGAGAAGAAACAUGCCUCAUCAAGGCCAUUAAAUGUUGCUGUUGAAAAGGAUCGACUUAGGAAUCGGUUGGAAGUUGCUGAAAGUAAAUCUGAUUGGGUGGAAGCUGAGAAGAUCAAGAACAGGCUCCAAGAACUAGAAGCAUCAAGGCAAGCUGGAGUUAAAGAUGUCAAAGCUAUUAGACUAUCUGAGAUGAACAAGAAAAACAGGGCUGAAAAUUUCAAAAAUGCCUCAGAAUUGAGGCCAGCAGGUACUAGUUUGAAAGCUGGGGAUGCUGGAUAUGAUCCCUUUUCAAGGAGAUGGACCAGAUCAAGAAAUUACUAUGUUGCCAAGGCUGAUGUUGUGGAGGAAGUAACUAACAAAGAGAACCAAGUAACAAAAGAAAUUGGCAUUGAAGCUACAACAGCAGCAUUAGAAGCUGCAGCUGAUGCUGGAAAAUUGAUUGAUACUAUUGCUCCAAUUGAUCAAGGGACAAACUCAAACAUGUUGCACAACUUUGAUCUGUCAAUAUCCUUGACGAUGCUUCAGAAGUUCGGCGGACCUAAGGGCGCUCAGCUUGGAUACUUAGCAAGAAAACAGAAGAUAGAAGCAACAGUUGGAUGCAGAAUCCCAGAGAAUGAUGGGAAGGGGCAUCCUCUAACUUUGACAGUCAGUGACUACAAGAUAAGACGAGGGCUCCUCUAAACAUGAUGGUGCUUCGGCCAAGUAAGGUGAUGGUUUUGGUUUUAGGCUUUUAGCAUGAAGAAGUUGAGGCCAUCUCAACUCAGUAAUAGUUUUGUUUUCAUUUUUUUUAGAACAGUUCUGUAUUCUCCAAGAUCAGCUAGCACCACAUUUUCAUAACAAUGAUGCUUAAGCAUUUACAUGAAA